GUAGCUUUGAGUUCAUCAAUUUGUUCACAUUAUGAAACUGCACAUUUUUCCGGUUCGAAUAUUUAUUUGUACAUUUACAACGCCUUGCCCAUUAUAGCUAUCAAUAUCCAUUGUUACUGGAGCCGCAUGACAUUAAUUAACCCUAAUUUUAAAACUUGUAUUUUCAAGAAACAUUAGUAUCACCGAAAUAGAGUACGAAAGUGCAAGUUGAUGAAAAUUCUUCGACGUUAAGUUUAGUUGUGCGCAAACCUCUGCGGUUUACAGCCGCGAAAAUGGAGAAACAUGUUGUUUUCCUCGUUUUGAUACUUGUUUACUUAAAAGGAGUCAGUAGUUUGACGUGUUACGUAACAGAAAUUGGACCAGAUUCAAUAAACGGUUUGUUAAAUAAAACCCACAAAGCGCGAAAUUGCAACGAACAGAGCAAGAGCCUAUUGCCAUUUACAAUCGACUUCGAGAGAGAAUCAGUUGCCUGUUUUAAAAUAGUUGGGACAGAUUCUCUUGGAAACAUUAUGGAUAUAAAAGGGUGCAUUCCGCGGGGAAAAUGUGAUACAGUUAAAGAUAGGACAGUGAAUGGUAACAAGUUGGGUCAAACUGGGUAUUAUUUACCCUUAGAUGGAAAGUGUCAUGAAUGUGAAGGAUACCUGUGCAAUUCAACGUCCAGAAUAAAAGGGUUCAAAUUCGCUGCAGUGUUAAUUUUCGUUUCUAUGUUGUUUUGACUUAAUUUUUUACUGUGUUUUAUAUUUCGUUUGUAAUUUAUUUUUUACGUAAUUUUUAAUGAAGGUAAGUUAUACAGACUAUUGAUAAGCAAGCGCACCAAACAUAAUAAAAUAGUCAUAAAGACAAAUUGCGAAAACAGUUCCAAAAACAUACUGAUUAGCGUUCGUUAUAAAAAUUUUAAAAUUAUUUUUUAGCAUUAAAUUAUUUUAACAAAAAUACUGAAUAUUCAAAAUUUGCUUUUUGUUUUGUUAUUUGUUAUGUCGUCCAAAAUUCGCAAAAUUUUGUAUAGCGAUGAUGGAAUCAAUGAUUCAAAAUAUUUACGGAAAGUGUGUAAUAAAUGUAUUAUUAACUUGAUGAGAAACACUACAACACAACAACCACACUUUUACCUUGUGCUCUUCUUUACCAUAAAUGAAUGCAUACUUGUUUCAUCUGCGAAAUAUUUGAACUUUCAGUUCGAAAAUUUUAUUGAUUAGUUCAGUUUCGUUCAGUCGUAUUAACCAAGAUUUGACAUAAAACGUAAUUUUAAAAUAACAGUCUUAAUUAGAUCGUAAUCAUUGUUAUAAUAUGACUAACAUUUCAUUAUUCAAAAUAAAGCUAAAAUUAAUUUUUAUGUGUUCAUACAACUGUUUUUGCCUUUUCUUUUAUCUUUCCGCAUAAAAAAUGUCUUGCAUUUGAUGUGAUGAUUAUAAGACAAAAUGUAUAAACAUAAAUAAAAAUAAAAUAAAAAUAAUGUAAAUAAAAUAAAAAAUAAAAUCAAAUAAAAGAAAUAUUUAUUUUUCGAUUCCUGUUUACAUUAGUGAAAAUUUAGUUUAUCAUCAACAAAAAUCAACUUGAAGCAGUGCACAGCUGCUAACAGCCGUUUCGACAAUGAAUAAACGUCAUCUUUAUUGUAAUCCGCUUUUGUAAACAGUGUUUGAAAUAAAGUCAUAAUAAAAGACAUAAUUGGA